UAGGGAAGCCUGGGGUAGUGCGGCCUGAGGGCCUGCAAGGUCCCGCCCCGGACCCCACGUGCUGCUGGUGGGGGACCGGCCGGGGCCAGGACCGCUGCCCCAGCAUUAGCCCCUGCGUGGGGCCGGAGACACCCCACCCCGGUUGGUCAUUUCAGUUCUUCCUGCCCUCGAACAAGUGGCUUCCUCCCCGGUCUCCAUUUGCUGGGAGCUAAGCGACCCCUUGGGGUCCACGUUAGGGCCUGGGCCGGCGGCUUUGGGGUAAAAUCCGGCCCCCGGAAAAGGAGGCGGAGCUCCUCGGGGAGAAUUGGGGUCCGCGGGCCCUUUAAUGGCACCCCUUCCUGAGCUCCCGGGUAUCCCCUGCCUCACCAGGCCUUCGGGAGGACCGCGGGAGAGGACGUGCCCGCAGCUGUUUAGACGGAAGGUGGGGCAGAGGCACGUUCAGGCAAGGCAGGGCGGCCUCUCUUGGCUGCCCAACAGGCUCUGUGGGCUCUCCCGGAUAUUCGACGCUGGCGAGAUGUUUGGAAUCAUGCAAGUAGAGGAAGUUGAGGAAGAUGAAGAAGGUGAUGAAGAAGUGCAAGAAGAAUUGAAAAAGAAACCCAAUCCAGGAAACGAACUCUGUUACAAAGUUAUUGUGACCAAUGAAAACGGGCUGCAAGCAAACGAUCCGAAUAGCAUAUUUCUCAUUGACCACGCCUGGACUUACCGCCUAGAGCAUGCCCGCCAGCAGCUGCUGCAGGUUCCAGGGCUGCUGCAUCGGAUGGCCAACUUGAUGGGGAUUGAAUUUCAUGGGGAAAUUCCAGAUGAGGGCUCAGUGGAGCUUGUUUUGGAAGAAAUGUGGAAGUACAACCAGACUUACCAGCUCUCCCAAGGGACUGCGGAGGAAAAGGUUCCGGUGUGGUACAUCAUGGACGAAUUUGGAUCUAGAAUUCAGCACGCGGAUAACCCAAGCUUUGCAGCGGCUCCCUUAUUUUAUAUGCCUCAGCAGAUCGCUUACACGCUUCUGUGGCCCCUGAGAGACCUUGAAACAGGUGAGGAGGUGACCCGGGACUUUGCCUACGGGGAAAUGGACCAGCUAAUCCGGAAAUGUGUGUUGCUGCCCUGGGUUCCUGCAGACGUGCUAGACAUCAGCUCCUCCACCCCCGAGCCGUCAGAGGAACACUACCAGGCCAUUUUAGAGGAGAACAAGGAGCAGCUUCCCGUAAGGAUAAGGCCACCAGCUUACCCCAAAGAUCACAUAUUCAGGGUUUACACGGACCUCCAGCAAGUGCUCAACAACCUCAGCCAUCCGCGGUUUCAGUUCACCACCGUAGAGGCCGAGGCCGACAUCCUCUACAACUUCUCCCACUUCAAAGACUACCGGAAGUUGAGCCAGGAAAGGCCUCGCGUGAUGCUGAACCAGUUCCCUUGUGAGAACCUCCUGACGGUGAAGGACUGCCUCGCCUCCAUCUCCAGGCGGGCGGGGGGGCCGGAAGGGCCUCGGUGGCUGCCCAGGACUUUCAACCUCCGGACCGAGCUGCCCCAGUUCAUCAGCUACUUCCAGCAGCGAGAAAGAAGGGGAGAAGAUAACCACUGGAUAUGCAAACCCUGGAACUUGGCUCGAAGCCUGGACACACACGUCACCCACAGUCUCCACAAUAUCAUCCGGCUGCGCGAGAGCUCCCCGAAGGUGGUCUCCAAGUACAUAGAGAGCCCCGUCUUGUUCCACCGAGAGGACGUGGGCAUGGUCAAGUUUGACAUCCGCUACAUCGUGCUGCUGCGCUCCGUCACGCCCCUGAGGCUCUACAUCUACAACGUGUUCUGGCUGCGAUUCUCCAACCGGCCCUUUGCGCUCAAUGACUUGGAUGACUAUGAAAAGCACUUCACGGUGAUGAACUAUGACCCGGACGUGCCUCUGAAGCAGGUUCACUACAAUGAGUUCAUCCCGCUGUUCGAGAAGCAGUACCCAGAAUACCCGUGGGAUAGCGUGCAGAUCGAGAUCUUCAAAGCAUUCACCGAGCUGUUCCAGGCGGCCACUGCCAAGCCCGCACCCCUGGGCAUCUGCGACUACCCGGCGUCAAGAGCCGUGUAUGCCAUCGACCUCAUGCUGAAGUGGGACCACCUUCCUCCUCCUCACAGCAAGAAGGUCAUGCAGCCCCAGAUCCUGGAGGUGAACUUCAAUCCCGACUGCGAGCGGGCCUGCAAGUACCACCCGAGCUUCUUCAACGACGUCUUCAGCACCUUGUUCCUGGACGAGACAAAGAAUUGUCACGUGACUGGCCUCGUCUAGGGGCCCUUUCCCCUCCCCCAGCUGCUGCUCUGCCAAGCGUCGUCCUCGGCAGAGAAGAGAGCCCCACCGAGAGGCCGCUGGCUGCCUCCGCUCUGCCCGGCCUGGAGCGCUCUGUGCCUGUCCGUCUGUCCCUCUGUCUCUGUCGCUCUCCCCUUCGUGUUCACUCUGAUGCUGAAGGCCGUCCUGCCGGCACCCCCUCAAGGGGGACAUCUGUGAGGGAUGUGAGGCUCGGGGGCCUUGCAGCAUCCAAACGGACGCCUCUUACUCCGCAUGUCUGUCUGCGUCUGUCUAUCCUGGGGCAGCCACCACCACCACAGAGGGGGCUUCGGGCGACCAUGUCCCUCCCGACUGUCCGUCGGGCCCACUCACUUGGCAGCAGGAAGCCGUCACCAGCAGGCUGUGCCACCACCGUGUUUCAGUCCCCGCGUAAAGGACUGUUUUUGCCAAAGAACCUUUUGCUGGGCGGCCCUGGGUCUGCGUGUGCUUCUGGCCCCCUGGGCCGCCCCGCACGUCCCACAGCUGUUGGGCUCCGGGUGGUGCUCGUAGACCCGUUUUACAGAUGAGAAGACCGAACCGAAGCUCCAGAGCGGGCCGGCAUCGGGCCCGCCUGCGCCCGGCACCCCUCGGGUUCUCUGUCUCCCGAACCAUAACUACUUUUUAAAGUCACUUGUUUGUAGAAGGCUUCGCAAGUCUCCUUUUCUAGCCGCGCUCCCACGGGGUGUGGCAGAAGGCCCUGGAGCUGGGAGCGAGCAGGGCGGCCUCAGUUGGCCCCCAGCAGAAGGGAAGUGAUCUGCUCUCCCCCCUUCCUGCCCUGCCCGUUGGGCAGCUCGCUCCCUGCUGAAUGAAGUCACCUUCCUCCCACUGCUUAGGUUUUCUGGGAGAAAAACGAUCAUUGAAUGUAUUGGGCCCCUCCUGCUCUCCUCCUCUGGGAGAGCCCUUCUUGGCCACGAUUUCCUCCUCACAAUAAAAUGCUGCUUCCUGGUUGA